AUGACGAUUCCUGACACGCCACAAAUGCAUCGUCGUGUCAUGUACGAACCUGUUGCCUCGCUGGAUCGAGGACCCAGUGCCCAGCUUAUCCAGAUGCUGGAAUCAUCGCAGAAGCUAGCACCUGAUACACUUUGGGCACUGUAUACACAGGCCAUGAGCGAGGUGCCGCAAAAAAUGGAGGAUGGCUCCCUUCGUCAACCGCAACCCCUCGCGCCUACACACCAUCAGCUGGUGCUCGAGUCGCUGCUUCCACCUCAUACACCGCAGUACGAGGCGUACGAGGCGCAGCGACGUCGUACGGCACAGGCACGAUACCAGGCGCAUGUCGACGAGCAGGAUGGCCGCGCGCUGGAUUCAGAGGGUCCGGUGGAUUUGUCCACGCCGCGAUCGAUGGCACCUGUGCCGCCGGUGCGUGGGAUGGGCGGCCGAACGGCGCGUGUGUUUGCUCAGCGCGCGAGUCAGAUCUUGCGGCAUAUCCCUAUCGAUCAACGGACUACCGAGCUGUACAACCGUGUCCUUGCCGUGCUAUCGCACGGCGGUCGAUACAAGUACAUGCGCUCCCUAUGGAACGAUAUGGUCAACGCGCGGGAGCAGGGAUAUACCAAUGCAGCGCCCAACCAGGCGACCUGUCAUCACAUGAUGAUGGGGUUGGCACGGAACGUGGAGCAAAAACUCGCGCGUUUCCGGGCGAUGUACCGCCAUGAACUGUUAGCGCCCGUAAACCGUCGACCGACAGCCGUGCAGUCGGAAGAAGCAGCGGCGCAUGUACAGGCCUCGGUCGACCAAGCAGCGAGCACUGUGCUCAUGCUGCUGCGUGAUAUCCAGCGCCAGGGCACCCUGCCACGUGUACGUACGCUGGACGUGGCAGCUCGUCUGUUGCGUGCCACGGGUCAGCUCCCGCCGUUGCUCGAGCUGCUGCGGUACGGCUUUGGGAUGGAUUUGCAGCAUCCAGAUACAGAGGCACCGUCGUUGUGUGCGCCCACCACAUAUACACUCAAUACGACGCUCAUGGCGCUGGGUGAAAUGGCACGUGCCUCGGAUAUGAGCAUGGCCUAUGAGGUCAUGACACAGCGUCUGCCUACCGACAGUACGGUGGCCGUGGCCCCUGUGCUGCCGAACACCACGUCGUACAAGCUGAUGAUCCGGCAUGCUGUGUCUGUCCCCAAAACGUUGCUGGUGUCCAAGGCGACGGUCGCUGCGCCACGUUCGUGGCUUGCGCGUCUCGUGGAUGGGCCCCAAAGUACGCCAACGAUCGGCAUUCAUACGCCCGCCCAGCGCGAUGCAGAAAUGCUAGCGCGCUGUCGUGGCGACUACUUAUACCUUGCGCGUACGUACGUCAACGAUGCGCUGGAUACCUAUGCGGCACAGCUGCAGCAUUUGGCGGAGGGACUGCAAGUGUCUGUCCCCUUGGCCGUCUCGCAAUCCAUGGACGAGAUUCAUACGCGGGCUCAUCAACGUCGGCAGGCAGCGGAGGAGGCCCACUUGGAGCGCCCGCUCCGUUCGAGUCGGCGUCUAUGGAGUACGUACCAUGCUGUGGAUGCCGAUAUGCCUUCGCUUUUGGCUGCGUCCGAAGACGACGUGGACGCCACGCCGACGUCGGUGAGCCAGGGCCUGGUCUUUGUCCCGCCGCGCGUGCGUGUGACAUGGACGAUGUUGCGUCCCUUGCUGGAUGCGGCCAAAGCACGCCGCUCGACGGGCCAGCUGCUAUGGCUGCACCCACGAGCGGAUCGAGCGGAAGCGUUGCUGGCGGCCGAGUACGAUGUGCUUACACGCGCGCAUGCCGCGAUCGAUCCGAUGUAUACCGACCUGUUGCAGUCCUUGCUUGCGCAUCGCGACUAUGUCAAGCUGCUUCUACAGGACAUGUCAUGGCUCUGCGACUCACGGCUGCCUGGCCGCGUGCAUGGCUGGCGCAUGGCGGAGCAGCAUCGCAAUGCCAAGCGGAACGAGCGAGCCGCAGCUAAGCAGCACGGUGUGUCGAAGAAAAAGCGGCGGGCCUCGUCGCUCACAUCGUAUACCUCAGAGGUGCACGUAGAUUAG